AUGGAUUUUGACGAGUUGGAUGAGUUGGAUCCUGUGGAAGUUCCUGACCUGGGUCGGGACCUCGCCGUGAUCAUCCUGGGCGCCACCGGUUACACUGGUAGCUUGAUGGUUGAGCACUUGGAUGCCCUGGUCGACCUACAACCCAAAGCCGAACAACUCAAAUGGGGUGUAGCUGGUCGAAACCUGGCAAAGCUGAAGAACGUGGCGAGCCACUGCCGGAGCUGCCCACAAAUUUUUCACGUCUCCGAUGACGCGCAGUUGGAUCACAUGGUCUCCAAGGGCCGAGUGGUGAUCUCGGCGAUUGGACCUUAUGCUCUUUGUGGGGAGGCUGUGGUGGAAGCUUGCGUGAAGAACUCCACGCAUUACGUCGACAUCACGGGCGAAGUUCCCUGGAUGUAUCAGAUGGUCCAGAAGUAUCACGCUCGAGCAGAAGAGCUCAAGACAAAGAUCGUUCUCUCUGCAGGGAAUGUGUGUGCUCCGGAUGAGAUCUUGUGCUACAGCCUGGUUCGGACGCUAGGACCUUUGAAAGACUAUCGUGAAUAUUUCAGCCAGUUCGGAGGGAUCAGCGGAGGAACGCUGCAGACGAACAUCACUUCCUUGUGCAGCGACGAAGAUGGCCAGAUCAUUGCCAAAGAUCCUUUUUGCCUUGGCGGCAGAGGAAGCAAAGACAGGCCCGAGGAUUUGGACUGCGACCAGGUGGAGGCUGACUCGCUGUAUCCAUCCGUGUAUUUGGCUCCUGCGUACAACAGCUCGACCGGCUCUCGAGUUCUCCGCCGCAGCGCCGAGCUCUUUGCUGCCGAUCUGCGCUACGGCCAGGAGCUGCGGGUGGUGAUCCGCGAGGGGCACUUGCAGCGAGCGAUGGCGGAGCAGCAGCUGCAAUCCUUCUCCACCCCCAAGAAGGAGGCAGCCGACGCCCUCCUGCAGGCGCGCGAAAGGGACCAAGCGCCCUGGCCGGGCUUCGGUCCGCCGAAGGAGCUCCGGAAGCUCUACGGUGCUGAGAUCAUUGCUCUGGCACAGGCGGAGUCAGGUCAUUGGGCCUAUGCUCGCUGGACCUCGGGCUGUGCCUAUGAAGUCUCUGCCAUGUGCGCUGUGUGCGGGGCAUUGGUCUUGGCGGAAGAGGCGGGCGGAGCCGGUGGAGUUCUCACGCCAGCCUUCGCCUUCCAUGGAACCACGUGGAUCGAUCGUUUGCAAGAGGUGCCCUUCGCCAAUCGUGGUGGCCAGAAAAUUGCCUUGGAGAUCCAUGAGGGGAAACCCACUGAAGAGAUCUUGAGAGCGCAAAUCUCCGAACGCAAUCGACGCGUCAUGAUCGGCCAACAGAAGCUCUUGAAGCUUGCCAAGCCUUGGAAGACCCCGGCGCUUUGUGAGAGCUCCAUUUGA